AUUCAAUGAAAUAAAAUAAAAUAAAAUAUCAACUCUCUUUCUUAACAUGUUGACCAUAUUUCUCAUUAGCUUAUUGUAAAGUUCCUCCUACCAUAUACCACCACUGAGAAAAAUCAACAACCAAAAUAAUGUCAUCGGAGAUUGCCAUGUCACCACCUCAAACCAUGAUUUCAAUUCCUUUCAAGUGGGAGGAAGCACCAGGGAAGCCUAGGCAUUACCACACCCAAUCAGAGCUCGUCAAUACAGUUAGAACAACCUUGGAACUGCCUCCUAGGUUGCUGUUUUUGGAUGCUAAGGUUGAUGUUCCUUCACCUACAACUGUGUUAGAUGGGCCUUACGUGGGCCGGGCCAUGUCCUUCACUUCUUCCUAUAGAACUUCAAGGGAAAACUGGAAUUCCAAUUUUGGGUCUAGCAGGUGGAGUGGUUUCAGGAAGAUUAACAAGGAGGGAGACGAGGGUAGUUUUGACUUUUCGGGGCAGAAUAAGGUGAAGAGCUCACGGGCUGCUAAAGGAGGAAGUCCCAUUUCAAAGGGAAAAUCACAUUUGUGGGCAAGCAUUUAUGACAGCUUCAAGCAAGUGGUCCCUUGGAGACGCAGGAAAGAAACACAGAGAAAAUGGGUUUCCAUAACCGACACCAUUUAAUCCUUGAUUUUACUCAUGUUCAUUACUCCUAUUAAACGGAAUAUUUAAGAAAUGAAAUGAUAUUUAGUGUCUAAAUAAAUGAACUUUUCUCUUAUAUAUAUGGAGAUAUUUGCUGUAUAGAGUUAUACUAGAUAGAUAGAUUGUAACCGCUUUAAGACAUUUAUUCAAAAGGAAAUUAUAGUAACAUGAUAACAAUAAAA